AUGGAUGCUUUGCAGACCGAGUAUCCCCAAGCACAUCAGUGGCUUUCUGGAGUUGCUCCCAAAGAAAAGUGGGUCAAGGCAUUUUUCUCUCCACACACUUGUUGUGAUGUGCUCCUGAACAACAUUUGUGAGACAUUCAAUUCGAAGAUUGCAUUGGCUCGAGAGAAAGCAAUUAUCAGCAUGUUGGAGGACAUUCGAACAAGUCAAAUGGAAAGAAUUCAGAUCAGAGGCCAGUGGAUCAAAAGCUACGAUCAUGCAGUCCCUCAUGUUAUCAAAGAGCUUGUUGACAAGUGGUACGCGAGGGCUACAUGGAACGGACAGUCUUCGUACCAAGUAGCUGGGCCGUCUGGCCAAUAUGUUGUCAACAUGCGUGAUUUCACAUGCUCCUGCAGAUUGUGGCAGCUAACCGGAAUCCCGUGCACGCAUGCUAUCGCAACAAUCAACAAGAAUGGCGACGACGUGACGAGAUUCGUCUCCCGAUAUUAUUUGAAGUCAACAAUGAUCAUGCUGUACGAGAAUGUCCUUUACCCCAUCAAUGGGGUGGACAAUUGGCCCAAGUCUACUUCUGAUGGUGUGUUGGAACUGGCGCCCCCGCAGAUAAAACGAUAG